UCAACCAAUCAAUGAGGAGAUCAUGUGCGAACAUUCGACCUUGAGAGAAUUUAAUCCCAUACAAGAGAGUAUAUCAAUUUAAUGUUUCAUAUUGAAUAUCGACAUUUUUUCUUUUUUUUAAAAAAAAUUUAAAUGAUUCUAGAAACAUGCGGAUAUUUAAAAUUUAAAUAAAACACCCAAAAAAACAAACAAAAUAAAAUACACCUUGUUUCUUGUUGUCAAGAGAAUAUACAUUACAUAUCCAUAUCUAUUUAAUCAUUAUUAUGUCACAAGAAGUUUGGCGUAAUAAAACUGAAAGUAUUAGUUCAUUAGAUCGUUUAGCUAGAAAUACAUUAACAAUGGAUUUACCCGAAGCAAGAAGUUGUCGUGAAGCACGUGAACAAAGUCGUAAAGAAAUGCAUGUAUUAAAUGAAAAAUUAGCUUCACAACUUGAAAAGAUGCGUAUUUUAUCUGAACAAAAUAAAAAAUUAAUGAAUGAUAAUGGUUCAAUUAAUCGUUUAUCUAAAGAAACUGAAAAAAUUCGUUCAAUGUAUAAUACAGAAUUAAAACAAUUAAGACAUUUAGUUGAUGAAUGUGAACGUGAAAAAGCUGAUAGUUUAGCUAAAAUUGCACAUUUACAACAGACUAUAAGAAAUAAACAAGAUCAAAUUAAUCAAUUAAAUCAAAAUAAUCAACGUUUGGCAAAACAACUUGAUGAUGCUUUAAAAGAAUCUAGUAUUAAAGAUGCUGAUAAACUUCAAUUAGAACGUCAUAUUAAACAAGCGGAAGAGGAGGCACAUCGAUGGCGUACAACAGCUGAACAACAGAAACAAGCGAAUAGUCAGUUGCAUAAAAACUUAGAUGAAGAAACAGCUAGUCGUAUGACGUGUCAAUCAGAAAUGCAAACAUUAAAAGAAGAAAUGGAAUUUUAUCGUCGUGUACACCAACAAGAAAUUGAAGAAUUACGUUCAAUAAAUAAUACUGUUAACGAUGAUCAAGAUGUUGAACAUUGGCGUCAAUUAAUGCAAAAGACGAUUCGUGAUAUUAAACUGGAAUAUGAUAAUCGAUUAGAUCGUAUUCGUGAAGAGAUGGAACAAAGUUAUAUAUUGAGAUUGGAUGAAUUAAAUAGACAAGAUUCAUCACAACGAACUGAAUUUAAUAGAUUACAAGAAGAAAAUUCAAAACUUAAAAGUGCUUUAGAAGGUACACGAGGUCGUGAUGAUCAAUUACGUGCAAGAUGUGAUCAACUGGAACGUUCUUUAAAUGAUUCAGUUGAAGAGUCAAGAAAUUUACGGAAUCAACUGAAUAAACUUCUUGCCGAAUCUGAACAUGAUAAACAAUCAGCUGAGGAAGCUUUAACAAGACUUCAUAAAGAAUUAUCUUCAUUGACUGAUGCAAAAUUGAAUUUAGAAGCUGAGAUUGCUGCUUAUAGUCGAUUAUUAGACGCACAAGAUUCUUUGAUAUCAAAUACAAAAUCUCAUUCACAUGAAAAACAGAAUCCACAUCAAUCUCAUCAUUCUAAUCGAUCAGGAUCAGGAAAUUAUCGACCACGUAAUGAAUUAAAUGUUCAUGUUCCAUCCUAUUCAACAGCGACAUCACCACAUCAUAAACAAUCCCAUAAUAAUAUUUCCGGAAGAUGGACAGAAAGGGAAGAACCUAGUGGUCAGUCAACUAGAUCACAUCAUUUUGUUGAACGAUCUAUUGAAGGUAAUCAUCACUUAUCUUGUAGUUAUUCUGAUCUUGAUAAACAACAAAAUUCAAUGAGUCAUAGUGAAACAUUUACACGUGGACAUUUAGUUAUUAAUGAAUGUGCAAAGAAUGGAUCUUAUAUUGAAAUAACAAAUAAAGGAAAUACAGAAGAAUCUCUAUUCGGUUGGUGUCUUAUUAGAAAUAUUGAUCAAGGAAGACAGAUAAUUCGAUAUACAUUUCCUAAUCACACUUUAUCGCCUCAUUCAAGUGUUAAAAUAUGGGCAGGUAAACCAAGUACACGUAAUUCCAAUACAAAUGAUAUUGAAGCACCAUAUUCAACUUGGGGUACUGGUUCAUACAUUCAGACAAGUCUUUAUAAUCCAGAUGGUUUAGAAAAAGCAACACAUAUACAAAAAUUACAAUGAAAUCAAUUGGUCUAUCUAAGGGUAUCAUGAAGAAUAACAUCGUGACAAAACAUCAUAAAGUACUGUUCUCGUUUGUUGUUGUUGUUAGUGUUCUUGUUAAUUGUACUGCACAUAUCAUAUAUUCCUUUUUUACUAUUUAGUGUAAUACAGUUUUUUGUUUGUUUUUUUCAUUUUUUUAUUUAUAAAAAAUCUUAAUUUGUUUAUUUAAAAUUUUUUUAUGAUUAUUAUUGUUGUUGCUGUUGUUGGGUGGGUGGGUGUUUGAUGGUAGGUGGAGUAGUUGAAAAAUGAUUUUAAAUUAAUCAGUAGUUUGUAAGUAGUUUAGAUUUGUUUGUUUUUCUCUUCUCUUUAAGAAACAAUGUAACCCCUACAUAUUUGAAUUUUGUUUUUUUUUAAUUAUUUACAGUUUUUAGACUGAAUUAACAUUUUUUUUUAAAAAAAGGGCAAAUCAUUUUCUAUUAUGAGUUGGAGUUUGUGCACAUAUUGUACAGUUUGUUUUUUUAAUAUUAUUUUUCACUUUAAUAUACACUGCCAUAUAUUAGUUUUUUCUGGUUAGCGUUUUUUUUAGCGAGUUAGUUUUCUACGGGAUAGGGUCGCUAACCUCAUGCCCAACCCUCCUCCUUUGUCCGGGCUCGGGAUCGGCAGUAGCCCCCUGGGGGGGGACUCCGGGCGGAGUUAUUAAUAUUGAUAGUAGUUAAUGAGAUAGGCAUAGUACUUACUAACUGGUAAGAAGUAAGGUUGAUUGAAUAAUCUUAAAUUAUACACUGUAAAUGUGAUCUGUGCUACUUAUAUAACGUUAGUCAGGAUUAGAAUGUCUGGUAGUGGAAGGUUAAGAAGAACGAGGAGAAAAGAAUGGGAAUAGAAAGGAAUUGGUAUGAAAAUGCAGGAACAAUGAAGUCUAAGGCAAUUGAUUGAUAUUUUGUAAAUGAAGUAUUUAUUGUAUGGUGAUAAGUCUUGCGAAUUGAACGCUAUAUUCGUUUCCUAAGCUAUUCUGUAACCCCCAAGCUAGAACUAUACAGCGACUUGAACACAAGAGAGAAGACGCAUAAAACACGUGCGAGAGGCCUAGAGUCCUGAUUAGUCUCUUCCCUGUCUAGCCCAGCCAGUUAAGUCCAGAACACCAAUCUCAGCCUCUGCAAUAUGAAUCAUAUCUCAAACAUACUGAGUUUAUAUACCAAUCAAACAGACCACAACGUACCAACAAAAUAUGAAACAACAUUUGUACAAGAAUUAGCCAGAUGUGGCUGUGAAUGAGGGAGGUA